CCAUUUAUUUAAAUAGGGACGAUUUAAAGUUGUCGCUCUGAUUCCCUCCAUCCUUCCCCCUUCCCUUUCCACCGAAUAAAAACCCCUCCACUACAUCCCCUCAUAUGUCUGAUUCAUCUUCAACAUCCAACGGGCCGGAAAUCAAAGGAAAUUUGACAGAGGCCCAAAAAAGAAGGGCCAUUCAAGUUUUCCAGCACUUUAUUGGAACGCCGGAUACUUCUUUCGGCGCAGAAAUCGGACGAAAUUUAAAGUUGGUGGAAAUCGCCGUCAUGGACUCGAGCGACAGAAGUGAAUGGGCGGUUGAACAAGAAGGCUUUAGUUGGAACGAAGGCGACGGGUCGUACAAACCUUUCGGCGGGAAGAAAACCCGUGACGAGAAGAAGAAGACACACUUCAGUCUAUCCGUGAAGGACGCUGUGGCACGCACGAUUUGCGAAAUAGACGUUACUAGAAAUAUGUGUAAUAUCUACGGCACAUUACACGGAGGAUGUGCAGCGUAUAUGAUUGAUCCAUGCUCCGUUUCAGCACUUGUAGCAUUGGGAAUGGUUAUGGGCAUUGACGGGACAGGUGUUUCCCAGUCCAUGAUGAUACAAUGGCAUAAACCUGCUACGCUGGGAACGAAGCUCAAGAUCAUUUCAACAACAGUGUGCUUGGAUGGACAUAUCAGGACUGCGCGUUCAGAGCUGAGAGAUCGUGUGAACAACACGCUCUACGUUUCAGCGACUCAUUCGACGAUCAAUAAGUCUCCACCAUCGCGGAUGAAGGUCGAGAGCAAAUUAUGAUGUUAUAUACCAGAUCAAUAAAUGUAUUGAAGUAAAGUAUACCCUAUGAGAGGAAUGUAAGUAAACGUCGAUAACAAAAUACGUACACCCAAAUUCAUUUUCUUCUUUUCUUACGCCGUGUUGCGUCGUCAAAGUCAUCUUCUCGUCCAAUAGUCCCAAUGCCGCUCUGGUUUGCUUGCAAAGAGAGGUCUCCCAUUUCCUUGAUACAUUUGUAUACCGCCGCUGUCCUAACCUUCAACGGAACCUUCUCCCAAUAGAUUUGCUCCCUUCUACCCAAGACAAGCUCUACCAUUAUGGCUGAAGAAUGAGGUGCCGGUUUCAACGGUAGCGGGGAGCCGCAGGCAUCCAGACCUGAGCCUUGAGCUACUUUGUUCAAUGUAAAAUAGUCGAUGAUGGCAGUCGCAUGUCCAGGAGUAGUAACGCGGAGGUAACA